AUGCUUACUCAAAGAACUGGUAUAUUUGGUUUAAAAUAUGCAAUAGCAGAUAAUAUUUCAAACGUCAUUGAUGCGUUUAACAUGCUUCGUGAGGCUGAGAAUAAGCUCAAAAGAUUUGGUUUAUCUUUUGAAUCAGUAGUUACACUGGUUAAGGAUCUCGAGUCAGAACAAAAUUCAUCAGAUUUAUCAAAUAAAGCUUUUCUAACAAACUUAUUACAAGAUACUAAAACUGUUUUAAAAGCCAUACUUGGAGUAGAAGCAAUUAAUACCAAGACAAUGUAUUGGGAUAGUAUAGGCCCAAAGUACCAAGCAUAUGCUAAUACUAUUAGAA